CAAAUGCCGCCGCGAUCUGUCUUGAGUCCAUUUCCUGAUCAGAUGGUAUGGAUAGGAGGUAGCGGGCCUUGAAGUAUCACGAUUGUGAAUAGGCUCCGUCAUGGGUCUUAUUUUCUCCAGGUGGAGGGUAAGUGCAGUUGAUUUGGCUUCUUGGUCUCGAUCGCGGAUUCUCUCAGCAGUGUCAAAGCAGGAAACAACUCUGUGGAUCCCAGCUGUUGCAUCUGAACACUUUCCACGAUCGUAGUAAAACUUUACUUUCUUUUCUUGGCAGAAAAAGGAAUCGCUCGGAGAAGUGUUAGAAUUACUGGAGAAGGUGAGGCUUAUGCAAAAGUGAAAUUUUAAUUGUAAUUUUUGACGGCUAAAUCGUUUUUAGGGUAAUUCACAAUUUUUGGAUAAAUGAUCAAGCUAUGGAAAUUUCACCAUCGGCGUGAAAAAUUUGUAGAAAGGUUUUAUCAAUACAGUAGCUAGUAAUAGUAUUAUAAUCAAACUGUUAUUUUUGCUAUAUGAGAAUAUGAUCAUAAAUGAUCGACAAACCGCAAAUAUGGCUGAGUUAAAUUUUUCAAAAAUUUCUUUAUUUUAGCCAACAGAUUUCACAACUAUUUUAACUUGAACAGACAUUACUUGUUAGAUAAGUCGAGUUUUAUCUUUCUUCAGUUAACGCUGGAAGAAAUUUUGGAACAAGCAGAGGCUCUUUUAAAGAUAACAUAACAAAAUGACUUAUUUGGCAUCUCACAAGAAAACUAACAUGAAUAAUUUUGUUUUAUUGAAUAAUUAAUUAUUGCCUUUAAUGUUUUUGGGAGGAGUUUGUACUGCUAACUCUGAAGAAUAAUAAUGAUUUCCAUAGGCUUCUUAUAACUGACACACGAUGCUAUUAUUCCAUGGUUGAAAAAAAUAAAAAAGGUCAAAUUAGAAAUGAAAUUUGUGUUAACAAUUUUGAUUGCUUGAUAUGGAAACAUUGUCCUUAUUAGGCAAUUUUUAAUAAGCUUCAGUGUGCAAUUAGAUUCCAUACAGCCAAAAGUAUUCCUACAAUUUCUUGCAAUCAUGGAGCAUUCAACUUCAUGAAUGCAUCAGAUUUUUUGUCUUAGUUACAUUGGCAAUGGUGUCACAAUAUUACCAAAACAACGAGUCAGUUCUUUAUUUUUACCUGUCUAUAUAUUUCAAAACUUUCUGAAAUUCCUGUGAUAUUCAUUUCUUCAAUCUCUUCUCAGGAUAUCAAAGCAUUGCAGUCCAGUCAGCAAAGAACGGAAAACCUCAGGAAGAAAUUUAUUGGUUCUCUGAUCCUGUACUCAGUUGUGAUGUACAUUUUAGCUGCUCUUGUGUGCUACUUCUAUGACUUUCCAAAGUCUUGGAAAGCUAAAAUUGUGCGAUCAAUUCCACUCCUUGUAUUUCCUUUUGUGUGAGUAUCAACACUUUAUCUGAACAUCCAUGUCAACCAGUUAUAGUGUUGCAGUAAAUGGUUUGAACCCUGGGAAAAUGUCAUAGUGUGCUUUGAUCAUCUGGGUGAGUGUAGUCCUGAGAAGGACUGUUGUUGGUAGUGGUGACUGACAUUUCAACUACCUGAGCGGAAGUCAUCAUCAGAGUUAAGUGAAUAGUUGUUGUCAGUCGGAUGUUCUAAGUCCAGUCUGUAUAAACUGAUUGGUCAGUUCUGCUGUGUUGUUGUUGGCUGCAAGACUCAAGUGGCAUAGGUUGGUCGUGAUUGCUGGGUCUUGAUCUGUUAGCAAAGUAAGGUCAUUCUGUUUGGUUCAUUUGUAAUGAUAAUGUAACGUAAAUGAGUUGUUUGUAUGGUGGCAGUAGUGGUUGAGGAGGUCUAUUCUUAGUUAGUGAAUCAGCUUUCCAGAGUCAGUUGUUGAAAGUAGUUGGUGCUGUAGGUUAGGCAUUGCUCAGAGUCCUAGUGAAUGCUGUGGUUUGUAGGUUGGUGUUGUUCAGCUAUGUGAUUGUUGACAUCAUGUUUCCUCAUUACUCCCUUGUGUUCAGUCAGUCUAGUUAUUGUGUGAAGUACACAGUAAGGACCCUCUCCAAAGGUAUUCCAACCAUGUUUGCUAAACUGUCAUGUGACUGUCAAACCUUAAAACAUGCUCCUCUUUUUUUUCCAGAGUGUAUUUAUUGAAGAGAGUGCUUCAUUACUUUUUUGUUCAAAGAAUUAGUAAGAAUGGUAAGGAACCUGACUGUUUUUAUGUCUAGUGCAUUUUAAGCUUUGAAAAUACUUUUUGUUCCUAAGGAAAGUAUACAGUGUCUACUCUAUACCUAAUAUAUUCCUUACUAUGCAGUCAUGAUCUUUUUACAUUGAAUCUGAAAGAUAGCUAAAAAAGUAGCAUGUUGUAAAUGAAUUUCUGAAAACCAUUGUUGUAUUCCCUGGUCUCUUAAAAAUUAUCAAACAGAGGGUCUUACUGAAUAGUAGUGCCUAAAUGUUUUUUUUUCGGAAAACCCAUUUAGUUUGUAUUUAUUUUAUUUUCAGAAAGAAGGCUGGAAGAGUUAAAGGACAAGAAGAGACAAGUUGUAAGUAAAAUGGAAAUGUUUUUAUAUUACUUUUGAAUAUAAUCUGAGGAUAUGGCUUUUGUUUACCUUUGGUCUUUAUUUUCUAGGCCUUUUUAGUUAAUUACAACUUAUUUUUUUUAUUACAUUGCUUAUUUGUGUGAAUUUUUAGCUUGAGGAAGUAAUGGAAAAAGAGACUUACAAAGCAGCUAAAGAUUUGCUGGCUAAAUAUGACCCCAAUUCUGAAGUAGUCAAGGUAACAUUAAGUGUUUCAUCAUGGUAUUAAGAUAAAAUUGUGUUGUAACUGUAACUAAGUGUCAGUUUUAGUAUUGCAAAAAAAAAAAAUGCCUGAUUUGUUUUUCAACAAGUUGUCAUAAUUUUUCUGACAAUACCUCAUGUUAACACAUUAUGUUUUGCUUUAUCUGCCUAUAAGUAACAAAAAAACAUUGUGACGAAUAACUAGAAAUUAUUUCAAUACCAUUUUGAAGGGAACAAAUGAAAUAAUUGGGGUUAAAAAGUAACAAAUUCUGAUCCACUGCAGAGAGAUGUCAUCUUAACUCUGUAAGUGCAACUAGCUCUGUUCACCUGUUGUAUUUUCAACUUUGUAUAUGACUGUUGCAGAGUUGAUGUAGGUAUGAAUCACACAAUGUGAUUUGUAUUGAGACCACGUUAGAGCAUGGAUUCAUCACAAGCAAAAAAAUUGUAUCAUGUAAAUAGUCCAUUUUACAGUUACAUGCUUGGUUGCCAAGCCUUUUAACAGGAGUGAGGCUAAGGGUGACCUUGUUUUGAUACAAACCUUGCUGCUUUUCUAAUGUAAAUUGCUUUUUUAUCAAUGACGGUAACUAGAUACCAGUCUCUAUGACAACAAGGUCACCUUCAGCCUCAUUCCAACUCAAAGGCUUGGCUUCUAAGUACACAACUAUAAAAUGGCCUUUUGCCCUUACUGGUUGUUCUUUUGUUCAGGUGGAAAGAAAAGAGACACCCAUUUCAACUCCUACACACAGUGUGCAGAGUCCAAGUGGCUCAAUGGGAACAGGUUAGAAUUAGCACUGAAGAUCUUUAGAUUAGCACCUUCCCAUUGAAUCUGUGUGAGAGAGGUGGUGGCCUAACUGUCAGGGGCCUGGGGUCCAUUUCUCGAAAGUCCUUGUAACUUAACUGGCCUGAAGCCAUAUUUUAAAAUCGAAAGUUAAAUAAUAGAGAAGCAGGCUCUGACACCUUAACCAGUCCAUUUUGUUUCUUCAGCUGAUAUUUUUGUUGUAUAAUUCUCAAAACUUUUUAAACUCCCAUCUUGAAUGAAAACAGAACUGCUUUACCAGCACCUUUAAGAAAUGGGCCCCUAGACUCUGUGUUAUGAGGUUCAAGGUUCAAGACCUGGCCAGGUCAUUUCUUUCUUUCUUUUGUUUUUCUUUUUUUUCAGCAAGACUCUACUCUCUCAGCCUCUUUCCAACCAGGGGUUAAAAUGUGUACUGGCUUUAUGCUUACAGAAACCAAGAUAAGCUUUGGCUGGAUAGGGUUCUUGAUUUGAGCGUGGGCUAUUUAAAAAACUGCUUCUGUAAAAUGUAAUGUAAAAUGUAAAUGUAAAAUAUCUGCUUUCCCCCCCACAAAUAAACAAAUAAACAUACCCUCCCCUUGUCAGCUAAUUUAGUAUGAUUGCCCCCCUCCCCUCCUUCCUGAGAUAAGUGUCCUCUUAGCCAUUUUUGUUGGCAAGUGAUCCUGUUUGGUAACAUAGUCAGGUGCUCUACUGCAGUCUUCAAUUGCCACAUUUAUGGUGUACUCUUUUCAGUUUUUGAACUUGCUAAGGUUUGAAAAAUAACUUCAAAGUGUGACUCUGUUGAGCAUCAGCUUUGUAAAUGAAUAUAUUUACCAUUUACAUUGUUUAAAUGCAAAUGUCAUUGUACAAAAAGGGUUUAUAUUGGGACAUCAUUUUGGAAAAUUUGAAAAAGCACCUCUCUUUAAUUAAGCAUGCACUCCCCCUUGGAUAACAAGCACCCCCUGUCUCAGCUCUGGGUGCUAAAUCAAGGAUUAACUGUUUAUAAAUUUAGGGAAGCCAAAGAGUGGGACUUGGGUGUUCUUCUUUCUUGGAACUAAAAAUCUUUGAAGUGAAGCUCUGUUGGACAAACCAGAGUGGGAAUGGGUUACCUUAACCUUUUACACCCAAAUAUUAAUGUUCUUAUUCUCCUCACUGUUCUCUUUAUAUUUCUAAUGAUUCUUCUGUCAGAAGCUUCUUGAAUUGGUGAUCAUUUCCUUGUUCUCAUGACUUUUAUUUGAUUCAAGAGUAAUAAAGCAAGAAGCGUUUAGAAGCCAGUCCCUUUUUAGGUACAGAGGGUUAAAAAUUCUGGAUCAAUAUCUGUAUCUGGGCAACUGCCCACCUACCCCUCCCCUAACCCAACAUUAACCCUAACUUGUUAUCAAUAGACUGUUGUUGGGUUAGGGGAGGGGUAGGUGGGCAGUUGCCCAGAUACUGAUAUUGAUCCAAAAUUCUUUGUGAUGAGGACUUUUUUCCCCCAGAAUUAAGACAGAGGAAUGCCCUGGGUAAGGUUGAAAGUCCAGGGGCUCCAUUACAGCGCACCAUCUCUGAGCCCUCUCUGGCAGAGUCUCCAGGCCAGAUGAACCAAUCAGGGGAUAGCAAACAGACAAAUCAGAAGGCAAUAGAGCCAAAGAAAUCCAACAGCCUCAUGAAUAUUCCUUCAAACUCAUCAGGUUAGUCUUGCGCUUUGCAGAAUUCAUUACAAUUUUAAAGUUUCUUUGUGCAUCGUAUAAUUUGAUGUUAUGAUACUGUUACUGGGAUUGUUGCUUUGUGACUGAAGAGGCCCCGUGUAAAACUUCAUCAUCCUUAAGUCUGAGGGUUGAUAUUGUCAGGUGGAAGUUUUUGCUUCACCUCUAAUUCAUAAUGAUAGAGUGUUUACUCACUGCUCUACAAUUGAAGUGGGAGAGAUUAGCUUUCUUUUUGCUCACGCUUCAGUGAAAAAGUAGUCAACAUUCCAUGCAAUUAUGAAACCUCUCUGUGAUGAACUGUUUGUAAACAAUCAUAAUAAGUAAUAUGAAUCAUCUCCUGGUGACCUUCCUUUCCUCUUUUGCAUCCCUUGAAUAACAACUGACGUUCGCCGUUACCCUUUGACCUCCCAGGUGCAGCAUCUCCAUUGCCCCCUGGUACGCCCCGCAGAGUAGCCUCACCAGGUCCCAUGCCAAGACCUGCUCAGCCAAUCUUACCACGAGAGAGAACAGCUAUGGAUAAAGUAAUUUUGAUCAUCUAACUCCAUGCUUUAAGCCUCUUUGUCUGUUUUAAUUAUUUAAUGGAAUAUUCGGUCUUCAUCCUUUACACCCUAACAUCAGUAUCCAUAUUCUCGAUACUGUUCUCUAUAUAUUUCAUUAGGAACUGAAAAGAAGAAUUUGCUUAACAAAGCAAGAGCUUCUUGAAUUUGUGAUCAUUCCCUUAAUUCAUGUGACCUUGUUGUUUGAUUCAGGGGGAAUAUGUGAUUGAUAAUAACUUUACUCACAAUUCAAGAUUACAAUUGAUACAAUUGACAAAAAUUAAUAUAUGAAAUUUCAUAAAAAUUCAAAAUCAUGUAUAAUGCAAAAGCAUUUAGCUUGAAAUUGCCCUUUAAAAAAAAAAAAAGAAAGAAAACUUUAGAUGCCUGCAGUGGCAAUGUUCAGGGGGAAUACUGUGGGGAGAAAUUAGUUGCUGGUCACUCUCAGGGGUUAACAAUGGCUUACACAAUGGAACUUUUUUUGCUUUUAGUUGGUGGAAUAUCUUGUUGGUGAUGGACCAAAUAACAGAUAUGCUCUGAUAUGCAGUCAAUGCCACUCUCACAAUGGAAUGGCCUUGAAGGAGGAAUUUGAAUAUAUAGGUAUGCUGUUGAAUUGAUCCACAACAUCUUGAAGGGGACACACACUAUUGAUUUUAUACAAUAUAGAUGCCCUGUUGAGUAAGAAAACGUCCUGAUCCCAAGCUUUUCACUCCAAGAAAAUUAUUUCUAUACCAAGUAAAAUUAUUAAAUUUUCAACUUCAAGUAUUGCAUUUCUAGUAUUCUGAUUGGUUCACGCAAUUCCAGUCAUCAGCUCAUAUUCUGAGUCACCUUAUGGAAAUGCAUUGCAACAGGCUGAAAAUUUGGGUUUAGAAAGCUCCAAACGUUUAGGAUUUUAAUGAAAUUUAAUAACACAAUUUUUCCACCUGUGCUUGUUGGAUAAGAGAUUGGUUAUAGAGAAUUGGUAGUGAGAACACUCAAACUUAUCAGAUAGAAGUUGUUGUCUUGAUCUAACACCAAAUUCUCUUAACUAAUUUACAAGGAAAUGUGUAGCAUCUAAAGGGGAGGAUUAAUGAUGAGAUCUUGGGAGUUAAAUGGUUAAAAGUAGGCAGGACUCCUGUAACACAUGAACUCAGAGUAUGAUGUAUUCCCACAAGUUCAACUCAGCUCAGUGAGCAUCCAGCUAAAGCUUGAACCCAGGUUUCCCAACCUGGAUUCCAGCACAUUGGUUGCUGGGCAGCUGUGUCUCUCCUCUUUUUUUUUUUUUUCAGUAAGAUGUAUUUUGCUGAUUGCUCUUUGUAUUAUUUUCACAACCAGCCUUUAGAUGCUGUUAUUGUUACCAACUCAACCCAGCAAAGAAACAUCGUCCCACUGCUCCAAAACUGGAUUAUGACACUUGGUCAUCUCCAAGACAAACCUCUGGACAAGGUGCUGGGCUGAACCACAGGAAACCCACAAAUUCAGUGCAGGCCAUGUUAGAGAAAAAGAAUGGUUUGUGUCAAAGAAAUAUUUCCUCUUGUUUUUGUUGAGAGAGUUUUUUUAAAAACAUCAUGUAGUGCCUAAAUUGUCAUGUCCUCAUUUCUUGUAGUAAGCAUGGUGUCACUUGGGAAGGACACAUCUUUCUCCACUUUUUGCAGUUAUUGUAGUUCUGUCCAGGCUAUUCAAACCUCAUACUAAUUAAUUGGUUAUAUUUCAGUGACACAAAAGGCAGAUGAGCCCAGUUCUGUGAAGGAGGAAGAGUUAUUGAAUGGUGAUGAUGCUGCAGUGGAGAAAAUCAAAGGUAAAAUGCAGUGUGUACUGAAAAUUCGUGAUAGAGAUGCCAGUCAGUUUUGUAAGAUGGGAGCUUAGUUUGUCCCAUCUUGUGACUGAAAGUUCUCAUAUGAACUAGUCUUGAGAUUUCUUUGGAAGAGGUUGAAGAAAAACUUCUCACAAGAAAAAAAAAAAUUCAUGAUAUUUUCCAAAUUUAUUACUUACUGAGUUCUUCAGAGAGUAGCUACACAUAAGAUGAUUGGUAUAUAAUUAUUACAUAUUUUGCAGUAAACUUUUUCAGGAAUUGUUUUUGCAGGUUUGUGGACACUCUGCACAAAUGUGCAAGAGUUAAAACUUCACAAACUUUUCAUGCUACAUAGCAAAUCCUUUUUCCAAACCUAGAUCUGAACUUGAUUCAAAAUCAAAAUCAUAAUUACUCAGGGUCACUUCUUUAGGUGAAAACAACUUGUAAAUCUUGCUACAUAAGUUUUUAGGUUUAUUCCCUCUGCUGUUUUCUCUAGUUUGGUCAUCUGUAGUUCCAUUCUGGUUUAUUUGGAUUUACAGUUAAAGUUUAAAUUGUUUGAAUUGCCAAGGGCAGUCCAUCAUGUACAUAGCAGUUUUAAACUAAUUUUCAUCAAAAUUAGUUUUCUUUCAUUAAGUUGCCUGCUCCCUGGUAACUCUUACUUAUGAGAUGGCAAGUCAAACCUUUCUAUCUUUGUUAUAUCGCCCAUCACCAUUUUUGUUUUGCUUUUGCAGAAACUGCCAACAGCUCAGACAUCAAUUUGGAAGACAAAGACUGUGACCAAGGGCACUAACAUGUUGUAUGCAGUUGUUGCUGUGGAUGAUUACAGUUUUGUUCUGUUGGGUACAAAGAUAUUUUAAAUUAUCGUUUAAAUGAGCAAGAGCAAGGUUGUUAUAGGGACUAGAAAAUACUGUGGUGUCAUGUGAUAUGCACUGAAUUUAUUUACAUUCAAUUCCAAAGGCCUCUAGUUCAAGUAAAUUCAGUUAAACCAUGAAAAGCACAAGAAGAUUAAAUUUCUUGUUUAGUCACAGAUUCUUUAUAGAUGGUUUAUUUAUUAUGAGUAUUAACGAGGAGUUGUUCCCUCUUAUGAUGGAGAUAUGUCAGAUACUCUGUUAGAUUAAUUUAUUGAGAGAAUAAAUGACACUUUUAACAAUAAAACUUUUGUGACUGUAGCAUACUUGGUAAUGUUUAGUGCAAGUAGUGAAAUCAAGUGUACUGUGCUAAAUUUUUUCUUAGAAUAUCAAUAUGUAAAUGUGGCAUGUUGUUUAACACUAACUUCUUGAAGCCAGAAUAACCAGGAAUGUUGAAUGUUUGGUGAACAGCGCAAAGAAUUUGUAUUCUAAUCUUUGGAGUGUAAGGGUUAACACAGCUUCAAAUGAACAUCUGGGUACAUUGUGUUCCCUUAAACCUUUAACUCCUAUGAGUGACCAAGACAGAAUUUCUCCUUACAAUAUCAUUAGAAUAUCAACCAGAUAAGUGAUGAGAAUAAAGAAAAAUAUCAAUUUGGUGAUAAUUAGUUGAUCCAACGCUCAAUUCUCUGAACUAACUUUAGAAGAAUUGUAUGGUUGACAGUAAGGAGAAUUACAAAUUUUGUCUGGGAGUUGAAGGGUUAAUUUAUGAGUUGAGCCCAAGAAUAAGGCUGUAUGCUUGAAUCAAUGUCAAUAUAUGAACAACUGCGCUCUUACCCCUCCCCUGACCCAACAUUAACCCUAACUUGUUAUCAGUUGAUUGCAGUUGUGUUAGGGGAGGGGUGGGUGUGCAGUUAGUCAGAUACAGACAUUGAUCUGAUUGCUUCAUUGAUACCACUUAGUAGAUCAAAUUGAGAAGUGGACAUUUUUUUAUGCAUAAAACUAUAUUUAUAGUUUAUUUUCAGCAAAAAGUGCAGCAUAACAAAUUGUAAAUCACAGAUAAGUUGAAAUUACAGUUGCAUGAGGCAAGUGGAAGUAAAGUUAAAU